CUAAUACCAUGAAGAUUUCUUGUUAUUGUCAAUAUCUAAAUGAUAAAAUAUAGUUAGUAUUUAAAGUAGGGCAGUCAGUUGAUUUACCUCAUAUACAAGAAGCUGUUAAAAUGGUUUGGAUAGAUUUGGCUUUUGUAGCUGUAUUUUUUAAUGUGGGAUUAAGCCAGUGUAUAAGAUGCCCUUCCAACAAAUUGGCUACCACCAUCCCUACCGUCCUACCCACCGUCGCCCCUACCAUCGUCGAUGGCAACGUCGUCCAAUCUCUGAUCGACACCCUCCAGCUUUUCAUCGUCAGUGACCUAAUAGCUGAUACCCUGCCUGAGAAAAAAUGCUGCAUAAAAACAUUACCUGAGCCUUGUUUGCUAGAAUAUGAUGACUUUGGUUUAGUGCAAUAUGAGUUAAUCGGUGACAGGGACUGCAUUUGUAACUUAAAGAGAGAUUGUACGAGUUGCGUGCCUAAAUGCGGUUGCGAAUGUGUGUCGGCUUUAGUACCGAGUUGUGACCAGUUGAUUCUGUCGCCUUUCGCUCCUGAGUUACCCUGCGGAUUAGGAUAUAUGCCUGGAGGUCUGCCAGGGGUGGCUAAGGCUUUUGCCCCAUGCUCUAAUAAAGGCUGUGGAUGUGGAUGUGGAUGUGAAUGUGAAUGUGGAUGUGGGUGUGGAUGCUCUGCAGGAGCAUUACCUGUUUGUUCUCCGUACAGUUGCGCGGCUUUAGCGGUACCAUUGUGUCCAAAUAUGUCACCGCUUGUUAAGCCAAUUAUUUUGUAAUGUAAGAAAGUAUUAUGUGUAUUAAACUUAUUUAUAAAAUGAA